UACUCCGCAAAGCAUCAGCCAUGAAGAUCCCGGUUCUUGCCGUCCUCCUCUUUUUGCUUGUCUCUGUAAAUGAAGCCAAAAAAUAUGGGAGAUGUGAACUAGCUAAGAUUCUGAAAAAAGCAGGCAUGGAUGGCUAUUACGGCUACAGCUUGGGGAACUGGAUCUGUAUGGCUUAUUAUGAAAGUAGAUUCAACUCCAGGGCUGUGGGGCGACCCAACAGCGAUGGCAGCAGGGACUACGGGAUUUUUCAGAUCAACAGCCGUUGGUGGUGCUCCAAUGGGAAGGGGAAAACAGCAAACGGCUGCCGCAAGUCCUGCAGCAAGUUUGUAGAUGAUAACAUCAGCGAUGACAUCACAUGUGCUAAGAGGGUUGUCCGCGACCCGAACAGGAUGAAUGCCUGGGUAGCUUGGAGGAAAUACUGCAAGGGGAAAAAUCUCUCUCGCUGGACUAAAGGAUGUUAACUCGGCAUGCCGUGAAAUGCCGCACAUCUGACAACCUCAGCAGGGAUUCACAUUUUUUUCCUUAUAGCUUUUUAAUCUUUGCUCCCUCCAUAAAGGAGAAAAUAGCCUUCUUUGCACAGGAACAAGGGAAAGUUGUCUGAAAUUUGCCUGGGUGAAAAAAAUGGACUUCUGGACUUAUUUUGGGACUGUGGAUUUCUCCCUCUGAAACUCUUCAAUAAAUUGUGUAGAAGCACA